AUGACCCACGGGGGUAACACAGGACCUACCAGCGGGCUGACACUUGUGACUCUUCUCUUUGCCCUAAGUCCAGAACUUCUGUUCCUGGGCGCUGGAUUGAAUCUGAAGGAGAAUGGUUAUGAUGGAUUACUUGUUGCGAUCAAUCCUCGGGUAUCCGAGGAUCUGAAGCUGAUUACAAACAUUAAGGAAAUGAUAACUGAAGCUUCCUUUUACCUGUUCAAUGCAACCAAGAGAAGGGUGUUUUUCAGAAGUGUACAGAUAUUAAUACCUGCUACUUGGACAGCUCAUAAUUACAACAGAGUGAAACAAGAAUCCUAUGACAAGGCAAAUGUCAUAGUGACUGAGCAGAAUGGGGUGUCCGGGGAUGACCCAUAUACCCUACAACACGGAGGGUGUGGAAAAGAGGGGAAAUACAUCCAUUUCACCCCCAACUUCCUACUCAACGAUGAGUUAGCCGCAGGAUAUGGGUCACGAGGCAGAGUGUUUGUCCAUGAGUGGGCCCAUCUCCGCUGGGGUGUGUUUGAUGAAUAUAACAAUGACAAGCCGUUCUACGUGAAUGGACGGAAUGAGAUUCAAGUCACCAGGUGUUCAUCUGAUAUCACGGGCGUUUUUGUGUGUGAAAAGGGCCUUUGCCCCCAUGAAGACUGCAUCACCAGCAAGCUUUUUAGGGAAGGAUGCACAUUCCUCUACAACAGCACCCAGAAUGCAACUGGAUCAAUAAUGUUCAUGCAAAGUUUACCUUCUGUGGUUGAAUUCUGUGACGAAAGUACCCACAACCAAGAAGCCCCAAACCUCCAGAACCAAGUGUGCAGCCUCAGAAGCACUUGGGAUGUGAUUGCAGACUCCUCCGACCUGAGCCACAGCCUCCCUGUGCUUGGUGUUGAGCUUCCAGCCCCUCCCACCUUCUCCCUCUUGCAGGCUGGUGAUCGAGUGGUCUGCUUAGUCAUUGAUGUGUCCAGAAAGAUGGCGGAGGGAGACAGACUCCUCCGAUUACAACAAGCAGCCGAACUGUACUUGAUGCAGGUUGUCGAAGCUCACACUUUUGUAGGCAUUGUCACUUUUGAUAGCGAAGGAGAAAUCCGAGCCCCGCUGCAACAAAUUAACAGUGACGAUGACCGGAAGCUGCUGGUUUCGUACCUGCCGACCGCUGUGUCCACUGGAGCGGAACCGAACAUCUGUGCAGGGGUUAAGAAAGGCUUUGAGGUGGUUGAGAAGCAGAACGGAAGAGCUGAUGGCUCUGUCAUGAUAUUAGUGACCAGUGGAGCAGAUGAACACAUUGCCAACUGCCUGCUCACCACGGUGAGCAGUGGAUCCACCAUUCAUUCCAUGGCCCUAGGUUCUUCCUCUGCAGCCAGAAAAGUGGGAGAAUUAUCACAUCUUACAGGAGGUUUAAAGUUCUUCAUUCCAGAUAAAUUUACUUCUAACGGAAUGACUGAAGCCUUCAGUAGAAUUUCUUCUGGAACAGGAGACAUUUUCCAGCAAAGCUUACAGCUCGAAAGCAUGUGCGAAACUGUGCAACCCCAGCACCGACUGACGAAUACUGUGACUGUGGAUAGCGCUGUGGGCAAUGACACGUUUUUCCUAGUCAUGUGGCAGAUGGGUGGUCCCCCUGAGAUUGUAUUACUGGAUCCUAGUGGAAGAAAAUACAGCACUGGUGACUUUAUCAUCAAUCUGGCCUUUCGGACAGCCAGCCUGAAGAUUCCAAGCACUGCUGAGCACGGGCACUGGACUUAUAUGUUGAACAACACCCACCAUUCUCCUCAAACUCUGAAAGUGACAGUGGCCUCCCGUGCCUCCAGCCUGGCCGUGUCCCCAGUCACUGUGGAAGCCUUUGUGGAAAGAGACAGCACCUAUUUCCCUCAGCCGGUGAUAAUUUAUGCGAGCGUGAGGAAGGGUCUGUAUCCCAUUCUCAACGCCACCGUGGUAGCGACAGUUGAGCCGGAGUCUGGAGAUCCCGUUGUGCUGCAACUUUUGGAUGAAGGGGCAGGUGCUGAUGUUAUAAGAAAUGAUGGAAUUUACUCCAGGUACUUUUCUUCCUUUGCUGUAAGUGGUAGCUAUAGCUGGGCAGUGCAUGUCCAUCACUCUCCCAGCAUAAGCACCCUAGCCCACCCUGUCCCGGGAAACCAUGCUAUGUAUGUGCCCGGUUACGUAAUGAACGAUAAUAUUAUUCAAAUGAACGCUCCCAAAACAUCAGGCCGAAGACCUGUGAAGGAGAGGUGGGGCUUCAGUCGAGUGAGCUCUGGAGGCUCCUUCUCAGUGCUGGGCAUCCCAGAUGGCCCCCACCCUGACGUGUUUCCACCAUGCAAGAUUACUGACCUAGAAGCCGUGAAAGUGGAAGACGAUGUGCUCCUCUCUUGGACGGCACCUGGGGAAGACUUCGACCAGGGGCAAACUACAAGCUAUGAAAUAAGAAUGAGCAAAAGCCUGCGGAGUAUUCGGGAAGACUUUGACAGUGCCUUCCUGGUGAACUCGUCAGAGCUAAUCCCUCAGCAUGCUGGCACCAGGGAGACAUUUACAUUCUCACCCAAGCUUGUCACCCAUGAACUUGGUCACGAACCUGAUGAAGACACACAAGAAACCAACAUAGUGUAUAUAGCCCUGAGAGCCAUGGACGGAAGCUCCCUCAGGUCAGCUGUUUCAAACAUUGCACUGAUAUCAAUGCCUCUUCCCCCAAACUCUGCUCCUGUAGUGAGCAGAGAUGAUCUGAUCCUGAAAGGAAUUUUAACAGUAGUAGGUUUGAUAGCAAUCCUUUGCCUUGCUAUGGUUGUAGCACACUGUACUUUAAACAGGAAAAAGAGAGUGUCAAGGAAAGAGAAUGAGAUGAAAUUUCUAUGAACAAACAGACGCAGUACUGUUUGUAUUUUUGUUCCUUCUUAGAUAUGAUGAUGAUGGCCUUUACAUCCACAAAAUAAGAUGCCAACAAAAUCAAAUCAGCCUCAACAUCGGGACAUUUACAUAUCAGAUAGAUGCUGAUGCUUCCCCACACUCCCGCAAAA